CACGUCAUGUGGUGAAAAGGGCUGGAUUUCCUCCACAACAUUGGAGAGAUCUCCCAUGAUAAUUUAAAAAUAUUUGGCAGUCUGUCCAUUAAUUACCCAAAGCUAGCUGACUAAAUAACAACAAGAUAAACUUUGAUACUAUUGUCAGUGAGUGACCCGCAGCAGCAGCGAGGGGGACCCCUACAGCGACCCUUUAACAGAGAGCUGUGAUCCAGAAAGCAGACAUUCAAUCAGCUCCGUUACAAGAAACCACACGUAUCUUUUCACAACAGAUUUUUAUGGAGGCUCUUUUGAACUGCACCCCAGAAGACUUGGAGGAUUACUACGGGCUUUUGGGAUGUGAUGAAUUGUCGUCGACUGAACAGAUUCUCAACGAAUACAAGAUCCGAGCCUUGGCAUGUCACCCAGACAAACACCUAGACAACCCCAGAGCCGUGGCAGAUUUCCAGAAGUUGCAGGAAGCCAAAGAGGUUUUAUGCAAUGAAGCCAAAAGAAAAAACUAUGACCUUUGGAAAAGAAGUGGAGUUGCUAUGCCAUUUCAUGACUGGCAAGCCUUGAAUGACUCUGUAAAAACGUCCAUGCACUGGGCUGUGAGAAAAAAGAAGGAACCGAUGUUGGAGGCCUCAAAAGCAGAAACCCCUGUCACUUCCCAAGCAGAGGACCUUCAUGCUGAGCAAGAAGCACCAAAGACCCCUGCAUAUGAUGCCAUGCCAUCCUCAAGUCACACAGGACAGGCACAUGAUACUCAGAAGAGCACUAAGGCGACUAGAGGAAAAACAUGUCCCUCUGCUGUGAAAUUAGAGCCACUGAAUAUUAAAAAAAAAGGUGAUUACUGCCAUCGUCGUUUCCGUUGGGCUGCUGACUCACCAUCUACUCUGCUGCAGAGGUGGGGACCCUGUAAACUGUGGUGUCAAUUCUUGUGAAUAUGGUCUGGCAGUAACUUCUGUAAACUUUUGUUGCAUAAACUGGAAAAUCGAAGCUCUGAAUAUUUGUGUUGCAAAUGUGAAAUACUUUGUAAAAACAUAAAUCAGACACAUUAGAUCAUGUGAAUCAUUUAUUUGGUUAUUAGACUUGCUCAUUUGUUAAUUGUGUUCACCACCACACAAUGGAGAUAUGCUCAUGCCUUUAAUUCUGUAAUGUGCAUUUUUGUGUUGCUGUCAAGUUCAUAAUGUUGGAAACAUAAAACUGAGCCGUCUAUUAUUUAAUGCCUUCAGCUUCAAUGUAUUUUAAUUGGAACUAGGACAUUCACUAUUGUGCAUUUGCAUGGCAUCAUUACACCUAGUUUUUAGGUUUAAAUUACUUAAGGUGAAGCAGGAUGGGAUUUUAUCAGAAAUCAUUCAGAACAUCUACUCAAAAGAGAUGUGCAGAAUUUGAUUUUGCUGAUGUUUGUGGAAACAAAGGAAUUCCCUCAUUGUAACUUGAGGUAUUUCAGGAAUGCGCAUUAUUUGACUACUACCACUAUAUUGAUAUUAUAACUGUAAAGUUUUUUUCAAAAUAUAUAAAUAGAGGAAAUGUUUGAACAUCUCAAUGUGCCACAAAGACAAAUUUAAUUUCUCAACACAAACUAGACCUCUGUAGGAGGAUUUCAAGCAGGUGACCUCUAACAGUUAACAGGUUUGGUAGAUGACAUUUAAUUUAUCCCUUUAUAGGCUAUGCAAACGAAAAUGAGCACCUUUUGAAAGUCAGAACUGAUUAAGGUAUUAUUGUGAAUCAUUCAGCUCCAGAGUGCAUAUAUUGUCACAUUAUGCCAUGUUAAACUGUUAAAUCACUAGAGAAAAUGUAACAUGUUGACUGUACAUGGCCUGUUGUUGUCUUCUGCAAAAUAAUCACUAAAGUUUCAGAGUGAAU